AUCAAAAUCUCAUUGCUACAAGAUAAUGCAUGAUUAGCUCAAAAUAAUUUGGAUAAAAAAGCAUUAAUUUUGGCAGAAUAAUGCGAACACUAAAGGGUUAGAUAUUCAAUGUUCUGUAUAUCCUGAAGAAACUGUCAAAAAAAAUAUAUAUAUAAGUCAAAUCUGUUUUAAUAUUAUCUUACUUUGCCUGUGAUCAUCUCAGGUUAAACAAAACAUCCUACAUACCUAUAUUAAUAUAAAAUUUUACCAUAGUCUUUGAAACAUUAACAUUGUGACACCAUGAGAGACUUUUUCACCAUAUAUUUCAAAUUGAAUUCUUCAGAUCUUUCAGAGAAAUUAACCAGACAACAUCGAUUCCAUUGUGGAUCGAAAUGACAUUUAGUAAGAAAGCCAAAGAAACAGAAACACAUCACUUUUAGAUUUUGCUUUCGUUUAACCAAAGUCGAAUUAACAAUUCUCAGGAUGCCGACUUUAUUACCCAUGAUACUUGUGCCAUUUUCACUGGCGAACACUUAAAUGCAAUCCAUUUAUAAUUUUCAAUCAAUUUAAAGCAAAGAUAGGGCAAAGAAAUACCAUAACGACUUUGUCAGACGAGGCUGCUUUCACAGCCACAACCGUCUGAACAUUUGGAUCCAUUGACGCAAUGCACACUGAAGUAUACACACAUGCGUCGUAUUCAUAUUACUCGGAACCUCAGUAUGUUCUUGCAUUGAAGAUCAUUUCACUGGCUCUGAUUAUAUUCACUGGUAUUCUCGGCAACAGCAUGGUUGUCUACACAAUAAUCAGAGACAAACGCCUACACCGGCCACCAUUUUACUACCUGGUCAGUCUGGCCAUGUCAGAUUUAGCUAGAUCAGUGUUUUGCCUGCCUUUUGUGUUAACCACUGUAAUCCAGGGUUAUGUGUGGGUCUAUGGCGAGAACGCAUGUAUCCUGGUUGGUUUCACAAACACUUUUUUUAUCUACAGUUCUGCCGUAACUUUUCUCCUUAUAUCAGGCGACAGAUAUGUCGGGGUGGUACAGACUCGCUUUUAUCGACGCAAAUGUGGUGGCCUGCUGUCACUUGCGUUCAUCGUGUUUGGAUGGGGGGUGGCAUUUUUAGUGUCUUUUCCACCUAUCUUUGGGUUAGGUAGCUACACGUUUGUGCCAAGUGAAGCUCAAUGUACUUAUUCACACACACACUACAGGUCAAAUGAUACGCUCGUCUUUUUAUUAGUGUUUACAUUCAUAAUGAGCCUGUCCCUGCUUCUUUAUUAUCGGAUACUCAUGUUUUUAAGAAACCAUCGCAAAAUGUACCCAUUUUUCCAUCAGCCUGCACGUAGUAACAACUGGACGUUUUUAGGACCCGGCGCCAAUGGACAGGCUUUAGUGAACUGGUUAAAUGGUUUUACCGGGUUCAGACAAAACCCUUGGCUUAAUCCUAUAGCAGCUGGUUUUCAAAUGCCCCCGCGACAACUUGGACGGACAGUCAACUUAAAAGUUGUGAAAGGGGAACACCUCAGUCGACUGUUUUUCACCGUUACCCUUGUUUUCGACAUCCUAUGGGUCCCCUAUUUGGUAUUGUCUUACUGGCAGGUUUUCGAGGUUUCCCACCAGCUGUCAUCUACUUUCAUUGGUGUGGCAGCAUGGUGCAGCUAUCUUGCAGUUGCGGUCAACCCGUUAGUGUAUCUCUGCUGUAGUGGCACUUUGCGGAGAGCCUUUCGCCCGGAAAUAGAAAGUUAUUCAAAACGAGGUACCCUUAGAGAAUAAAGGGUAUUGGAAAUAGAUUUUGAAGGGACUUGAAAUGAAGCUGUGUAAGGGAAUUAAUAAUGAUAAAAAUAAUAAUUACUGGAAAUAGGAACGGUUUCCAUAACGAGCUAUUGUCAGAAGAAUUGUUGUGUUGGGAAAUUUAAAAAGCUAUUCAGAAUGAAGUCGUAAGAGAGAGGAUAUAUAUAUGUAUAUAUAUGUAUAUAUAUUAUAUAAUUGGAUGUGACAUACUGUAUGAUAUCUGAAAUUGGGAAACAGUGCAAGAGCUACUUAAGUGUGUAUGUGUGUGUGUUCACAUGCGCAUAUGCAUAUAGUAAAUGAAAAUGUGCAUAAAUAUAUAUAUAUAUAUAUAUAUAUAUAUAUAUACACACACAUAUACACAUGCAAAUAUGUGUACAGAUGUGUUCUGUUUUGACUGACAUAUGUGUGCAUAUAUGUAAGCUCAGGUGGUUAUAGGAAUGCUGCAGUAAUUUAUAUAUAUAUAUAUAUAUA